AUGGGUUUCGACACAAUGCGUUCGUUCCAGCACCUGGGCCUUCUAUCAAAGCCGAGAGGUCUAGACGUGGCCGCUUCAGUCAAUGAUGGGCUGAGACGACAAGACUCAUUCAUGUUUGCUAGUAGUGCAGUGAGCAGGCAAGUCAUGGGAAGGAAAGGCCUAAGAAAGAAAUGUUUGCUAACAACUUCCAGAUCUAAUGACUGCUGUUCCGCCAACACCUCUUCCAACAAACUACCCGUUCAACAACACAAGCUGGCGUCGAUAUCUGUCUAUCCUCCCUCUUUCCAGACAGCGAAAGCAAAAUGGUCUCCGCCACCAUCUCCUGGCUCUUCAUCGCCGACUUCGCCAGUCGGCUCGCCUAGAUCUCCUUCUACUCACACUGUUACCUUGAGCGCUAAGGAGAAGAAUGCGCUUGCCAAUCAACUCUACGCUGCUGCAUGCUCGGGCGAUCUGGGUGCGAUUGAAGACCUGCUACAUCGUGGGGCGCCCAUCAAUUCAUCAGUACUGGUCGGCGGCUUGUUUGAAGCUUUCAAACCAGCAAAGGCGGGACACCUGUCUCCGCUUGCCGGCGCUGCCACUUGUGGCCAAUACGAUGCGGCCGAGUUACUUCUAUCUCAUGGCGCUGAGCUCAAUCCGGACAGCCAGCAAUGUGCUUGCAGUCCACUUCAUCAAGCGAUCCGGAACAACGACUUUGAGCUGGUUCGCUUCUUCCUCGAGCGUGGAGCGGAUGUUGACAUUGACAAUUCCUACAAAACGACACCGAUCAUGUACGCAUCGAAAUAUUCUUCACCUGAGCUCGUGUCGCUGCUUCUCGAAUAUGCCCCGGAUCUCAACAAGCUCUCUUUCAUCAACGCUGCCGCUAUCCACUGGAGUGUGUGGCCUGGUAACGCUAAAGUGACUGAAUUGCUCCUCAUGGCUGGAGCCAACCCAAAUCACCCGAUGGCAGACGGCAGCUCUCCUCUAAGCUGCGCUAUCCUGACUGGCUCCGUGAGCAUGGUCAAGUGCUUAUUACGGUUCGGCGCUGAUCCUCUGCAACGGAACGACGAAUACGAAACUCCUCUGCAGAUUGCACAUUCCCAGUCGGAUUCGGAAGAGAUCUUGAAGUUGCUCAAAGCCGCAGUCGCGGCGAGACGGUGA